GAACGUGUUUUUAUUUCGCCUCGAAAGCCAGAAUAAAGUGAAGUGAAACCCACAUUUUGCCCCCGUUUGGCCAGAGUCUGUCGGAGGUUUUGCCGGUUUUCCAUCUCUGGCUCGCUACGGGAAGCAUAGCCGGAACUUCCUGAAAAGAUAACACGCGAGUGUGUGUCCUCGAAACUUGACGGUGGGACGUUUUCGUUCGCGCGAGAGAAGAGCAGCAACCAACUAGGACCCCCGUGUUCCGUCGCCACGGUGCGCAUUUCGGCGUCAUUUUGGGCGAAGGUAACACAAGCGGAUUGUGCAAUUGUGCAGUGCGUGCCCGUGGGCAGUGAACGAUUUCCGGACGUAGCGCCGCACCUUACACGACGACGAGGACACCGUCGCCGUGGAAAUCUUCUUCCGCUUCCCAGCGCACAGGCCUGCUUUUCUUUGCCUUCUCAUCAUCUGCAAGAGCUGAAAAUUGCUGUGUGCGGUUUUUUGCAUAAAAUUCCAUUCUGCCUGUGAUAGAGAGGAGAGGAGAGGAGAGGGUCAAUACACUUUUCACCCCGGCAGUGAUUUGGCGUGAGGCCGUGUACGCGCGUGUGUGUUGGCCAAGGCUUCCAAAUCUCUUUCCUCGCGAAAAGGUUCGACAUUGCCCUCGGCGACCGAAAACACAGCAGUCCGUGACGUACGUUUGUUUGUGCAGUGCGAAAAUCCUUCGAAGACAGCGAGUGAGCCGAAAAUUAUCCGCGAAGAGGAGUGCGCUUGUGUGUGCUUGCAACGCAUCAGCUAUGGAGCCACAAAGCGGCGGCUGGCAUCCGCAGGACGACGGAUCCUACGAGCAGAUGCGGGCCCCGAAAGCCGCAACCGUAGCCGCAACCGCAGCCUUCAGUCUGUCCGUGGCCGCACAGCCGUUUGUGCCAAGAGGGAAGCAAACGGUGCACAACCAGCCCCAACAGCAGCAACCGCAACCCCCAUUCAGCACCUACGCAGCGCCGAUGCAAUCGCGGGCAUCGCAACUGAAUCAGCGGAUGGAACAGGCCGCCUCCGGUGGCUCGGUAGUGGAACCCGUUGGUGGUGGCGGUGAUUUUUCGGUCUAUCCCGGAGGCGGUGGUUCCAACCACAUGGGCAACUAUCACGGAAUGAUGAUGAACGGCAAUGACGCGGUGAAGCAGUCGUCGGCACUGGUCAAUCGGUUGAACCAUCUAACCGUGCGAGAUCGACCGGAUCCGAAGCAGGAAUUUAAUCACCAUCAGCACCACCACCAGCAGCCACCGAUGCACCACCAGCAGCAUCAUUUGCAGCAUCAGCAGCCGCAGCAACGUCUUCAGCAGUAUCAGCAGCAGCAGCUCCACCACCCCCAUCACCACCACCAUCAGCAGCAGCAGCAGCAGAACCACCACGGCCAUUCGCAACUUCCGCAGCAGCUGCAGCAGCAGCAAGUCGCGUACGGCGUUCCGUACGGUGUCGGCCACUCGAACGCCAUCAACAACCAACUGAACCAUCCGAUCCUUGGUGCCAAUCUGGGAAUGGGUGGUGAAAACCGUAAGCACAACGGCCCGGCAGGAGGACAGCAACACCGCUCCCGGCAGCAACAGCAUCAUCAUCACCAGCAGGGCCACCAGCAGCAUCACCACCAUCCUCACCAUCAUCAGUCGAUAGGUGGUGGUGGCGGUGGUGGCGGCGGCGGCGGCAAUGGUAUGAUGGCCGGUGGCGGCAUGGGUGGUAACGCCGGGAUGGGAGAGUUCAUCGAUGACGUGCAGACUUCAGACGAGCAGGCGUACGUCCUGGACUAUCUGACCGAGGUCAUUGCCGAGCUGUACGACAAUCCCGGCAUGUUUGAGGACUUGAAGCAGAAGGUUCCGAAAAUGUUUGCCGACUACCGUGAGGAUCGCUACGUGCUGAGUAACGCCGUGGAGAUGAUUUUCGAGCAGUCUAUCAAGGAGUCGAACUUCCGCUACAUGGGUGCCCGCUUGUGUCAACUGCUGGACAGUUUGGACGACAGCCCCAACAGUAUACUGCGUAUGAUGUUCCAGCUCAAGAUGGAGGACCAGCAGAACGAGCUGAUGCAGCUGAAACACGAUCAGGCCAAGGUUCGCGGCACCACGCUCUUCCUUGCCGAGCUGUACAUGCAACUGCGGAAUCCGCACCAUAACUUGACGAACGACGUCGCCGGGCGCAUCAUUGCCGCAAUCGAAAUUCUGCUCCAGAAGGGAGGCCCCGAAAACGUCAAGUGUGUUUGCCAAUGUCUAAAGCUCUGCGGUUUCGAGCUGGAACAAGACUGCCGUGAAGAUGUGCUCAACAUACUGGAAAAGUUGCGCGGCAUGGAAAAGAAGGUCAUGUCAUCGGUCGUUCCGCUCAUCCACUCGGUAAUGAAACUGCAGCAACAAUCCUGGGGACGCAGCGAAGAAUUAGUUCCCGUUGCUCCGGUGCCUACCAUGCCGGAUCCGAUGGCGCCCGGUGUGGGGCUCCCGUUGGGCUUGGAGUUCCACGAUAGCCCGGUGUUCUACGGUCCCGAUGGGAAGGUGCUGUCGGAGGAGGAAAACUCGUUCCUGGAGACCAAUCUCGCCAGCAAGCGAUAUGCCGCCCUCAAUGGUUACGACGACGACGAUGAUGCGUACGACGUGGUGGACGAUCAGGAUCCGGAGGUGCAGCUAGCCUUUGAGAAUUUUGUCGCCGAAAGCAACAAUCGGCAGCAGCACCAUUAGUAGUUUGGUGCGCCCUCGGUGUCCGUCCUUCCACCGAACCCCCGGAGAACGCGGUACGGUCUCUGCUCUGCCCUCCCGACGAAGACGACGGAACACUUUCACUGCAGCGGAGAUCCAGGGAGACAGAGCGAGGGUGGUGCAUGUUGGCAGAAAGCGGCGGCGAGACGAAAAAACAAACGCCAGGAAAAAGUAAAACAAAACAAAAAAAACGGUAGCAAACAACAAACUAUAUCCAACGUAAAAAAAACUCAACACUUAUACAUUCAACUUCUCGAUAGAAUAGAGUGAAAAAAAAAGUUUAGAAAAUC